UUGUAAUAAGUUGUGGGUUUUAGCACUGCUACAUCUACGUCGCUAUUCGCUCCACUACCUUAGGAUAGUAUAUUAGUAGAUUUUAGCUACUGCUGUUCUGUUCUGCUGCUGCUGAUUCUAUCGCGAUCCAUAACCUCAAAAACGAGAAUCGCGUGUAUCACUCGUUCACUCUGCCGCUGCUUGCAAGCGGCAAUUGCGAUUCUCGGGUGGCGAUUAUAUAAAUAACGUGGUUGACGCUUCUCAUUUAACGUAGCAUCGGGUCGUUAAUCGAAAAUUCGCCUUCGAUCCAAGGACCAUUGAAGUCCAUGACAAUGUUAAAGCUCAGUGCAAAAAUCGUUCAGCCACGGCCUAGCUGGUGGGUUGCUGCUAGUCAAUACUGCUUUGCUAGCUCCGUUGCUGCUGACACGAAUCCGCAAUUGGAUGCCGCUGCUACGAGCAAAGUUCGCACCGAUGACAAUCAUCUGGUGGAAAAGAUUGAGAAAGUUACCAGAAUUCCAUUUAAUCAGAGGGAUGGUCGAAGAAAACGCAUUGAAGAACGACUAUUUGAUACUAAUUCUCUAAGAAAUAUGAUGAAAAAUACAUCAGUCGAGGAAAAUCGUCCUGCCAAUGAGCAAAUAAUAGGUCAAAUAAAUCAAGCUCAAAGUAUAGAUGACAUACUGAGUCUUACAGAGAAUCCUGGAUUCAAUCAGAAGACAGCAACAACUGCUGUUUUGGUUUUAUCUGAGUGGGUGUCAACUGGUAAAAUUCGUAUGACUCAGUUGCAUCAAGAUUCUCGUUAUAAAAAGUUGUGCUCUAUGGUAGGAAUCAAUCAAAGAAUUCUUCCAACACUACCAAAGAAAGAUGAAAAUAUUGCUAACAACUUCUCAUCGUUGUAUGGAUUACUGCAAACUGAAAAGUUUAAACAACAAAUCAGGAACUUGAAAAUUGUAGAAAUGAUUAAAGUUCUAUCAACAUUGGCUAGUAAAGGAAAGCGAAAUACUCCAGUUCUACAGACUUUAGCAUUCAGUAUUGCUACAUCACAAGAGCCACUGAACAUAAAACAGUUGGGAGAUAUUUUAUAUAGUAUGGCUGUAUUGAAUUUUUAUGAUGAGAUGUUAAUCAAAAAAGUUUGCAUUAAUUUGCUACAAGAAGUACCUACAAGUACAAAUACAGCAGUUGUAGGGUCAAUAUUUACAUCUUUAGGAAUGCUGAGGUACAGAGAUGAGAAAUUACUUGGUGUACUAACAUCAUGGGUUAUAAAAAAUUCUGAAUCUGUCAGACCUCAAGAUGUGUGCAGAUUAUUAUUAACAUUAGCACAUGUAGGAUACAAACCAGAGGAAUUUGAUGAAUUAGUUCAGAAAGUUGUUGCACCAUUAACUGAAAGUGAUAUGUGUCAAAGUAGUGAAUGGUUAGAUGUUGUUUGGGCUCUGACUGUUUUAGAUGCUACAAAAGUAGAACAUUAUGAAUCAGUGUUGAAUAAAGGCUUUUUAAACAGGAUAUUUGGUGAUGAAGCAGAACUAAAAUCAGCAAAAAUCCUUAAAAUUUUGAAUAUCAAUGCUGCAGCACGAUUGAUUACAUCCAGUUACAAAGGACCAACUAUUCCAACUGAUUCUGACAUAUUAACCACACAAGUAAACAGGACAAAAGAAAAAACUGAACUUGCAAAUGCAAUUGUAGCAGCUUUGAAAAUAUUAUUACCUUCAGAUUCUGCUUAUCUGAAUACCAACAUUAAUACAAAGAUGGGAUUUCUAUUAGAUGCUGAUUUUUGUGUGGAUAGCAAAUGCACCCCUAUCGCAUUAAAUACUACUAGUGCAAAAAACAAAAGUUUUUAUAGAAUAGCAUUACUAACUUGUGCUUAUCAAGAGUUCUGUAGAGGAACAAACAGUAUUGUCGGUCUUGUGCAACUGUACAAAAAAUUAUUGGAGGCAGAAGGUUACACAGUCAUGUUAAUACCAUAUAAUGAAGUUAAUUUCAAAGACAAACUUGUUACGCGGGUGAAAUAUAUAAAUGAUAAUCUUAAAUCUUUGUUAAAUGAAACUCCAAAGGAAUGAAUAAUAUCAAAAUGAAAAGGUAUUUUUUAAAGUGAAUUUGUGACAUCUAUGCUGAUGGUAAUUGUACAUGUUAUCAUGUAUACAAUAAUUCAUAUGUUAGAACCUACUUCUAUGCAUAAAAAUUUGUAUACUAGUAGCUGGUAAAAUUCAUUUAUUUGUAGAUAGUGAACAUUGAAAAAAUGAUCGAUUCACGUUUCAACUGUGGAAGAUAAACAAUUUUUUAACAGCUGAAAGUUUUCAUUGAUUUUUGGUUUUUCAUUAGUUUGACACACUUCCUUGAAAAAUAUUUUCGAUAUUUUUAAAGUCAUAACUCUCUCUAGUUGUCUUUUAAUCAACACAUUUAUACACAUGUAAAUUGAAAUAAUUGUUGUUAUUAACAGCAGUGAUUUUUUGUAGUAUAAAACCAAAAAGCAUUGAGAAAACCUACUUGAAAUUUUGUAAAAAUCAUUGUUAGAAAAAAAAUAAAUAUUGGAUGAAAUUCAAAAC